AAUAUAAAGCAGCCACCAAUAAUCGUUCUCGAAAACCACGAGGAAAUUCCGUUGAAAAUCGCUAAGAAAGGGAAGUGUUCUUUAGAUAGAGAAACCAAUCAGGAAAAAAGAAGAAAAAAAAAGAAAAAGAAGAAGAAGAAUAGGAUGUUCCAUGUGGUUUGAAAUUACACGAAGAUAUAUAAAAGGGCUUGGAAUCGUGUUCGUAAGCACAACAGUUGAUCGAAAUUCUAGAGAGCGAACUGUCUCUUAUUACUUUUCAAAGUUGGAAAAUCGAUCAUCGAUCAUUUCAAGUAAUCAUGAGGACCUUCGUGAUCAUCUUUACCUUCGUUCUUAUUGCUUACGUUUCGGCGUUUGCUAUACCAGACUACGAUGGACCUAUCUAUGAUUUGACUCCCAUAGAAGAUGAAAGCGCCAAUGCCAAUCAGCUGGCUCCUGCCAGGGCUCGUAGGUUUACCUGCGAUUUGUUUUCAUUCAGUUCUCAAUGGGUAACACCAAAUCAUGCUGCAUGCGCUACCAAAUGUUUAUUCAAAGGUCGCAGAGGUGGUACUUGUAACAAUGGAUACUGCGUCUGCAGAAAUGGUUAGAUUAAUCGUCCUUAUUUAAUCAUCUUAUCCAUAUGAUAUUUACGCUUUCUCAUUGACUCAUACAUGGUUAUGAUUUACUUAUCGAUUAUACAUUGUAACAAUUAUUUCAAAAUGAACGAUUUGUUUGAUUAGAUUUUUAGGAAAAGAUUUUUCAGGGAAUCUUGGCAAUAACGUCACAAUAUUAAGCGUUAUUAAUAUAGAGUUUUUUUUCUUUUCAUUAAUGAAUUAUCGUAGCAGAUAGAAAAAUAGUUUAUGAUUAUUAUAUCAUUCAUAGAUAUCAUUGCGCGAGCUUUUCGAUAGAAUUCAAAUGAUUUUAAUCGAUGUUAAUAUAGAUGGUCUCUUUCCUUCGUGAUUCUCGGAUAAUUAAUGUAAUUAGUGAUCAUGAAGCGAUUUGAUGUACGACUGCAAUGAAUUGAUGUAUGAAUAUAAUGAUAUUGAAAAAAAAGAAGAAGGAAAAGAAAAGAGAAAAAGAGAAAAAAAGAAAAAAAAAGAAAAAAAAAAGAAAAAAUAAAUAAAACAUCUAUAACUGUGCCUUUAUAUCGAUACAUUUAUUUAUUAUCUCGACGACUCGUUGUAAUUAUUAUUACGAUUUCAAUGAAAAAAAGCUGACACAUCUCUAGGGAAUGCAUUUUGUUUUUAUUCUCUCGUCGUUUUGCGUUGCACUAUGCAAUAUUUUUCGAACAUUACGUAAAAUACAAUGGGUAUGCCACCCGUAUGCUCAACGAAGCGAUUAAUAAACGUCCUAUCAAUCGUU